UUUUUUUUUAACAACAAAAAAGUGACAAUUUGCAAAUUAUUAUCAAUUUGGGCACAAAUUUCUGUUUAGGCCAAAGAGACAUUUAUCAAAAACAAUAUUGCCCAGCCCUACAAACCGUUCCACUUUCAAGGCGUGAAGCUCAAACAAACACAAAACCAUAAACCAGCUGCAGUUUCCUAGUACUGUCCAUUUUUUGUAGCCAGAGUAGUGCCUACAGUAUAUUCUGAAGUGCUAGAUUUCAAGGGCAAUCUAAUUUCAAUUCAUGGACUGGAAUUUCUGAACACACCUCUUAUUUUCAUAGCUAAAUACACGUCCUAGGUGAACUGUAUCAGAGUAAUCCCCUGAAAACUGUAAUCUCUUUUACCCAAUGUUUGCAUUUUCUUUCCAAAUUUUGCACACCAAAACAUUUCAAAAAACUGCAAAGAUUGGUUCUGAAACUUUUUAACUUUUGCAGUAAAUAAUCUGCUAAGACUAAGUUAACCAAAAGUUAAAUUUCAGAGUACUUCAACACCCCUCCCACCAAAUCACCAUUUUACUUUAGGUUAAGCAAAAUAUUUUUAAACAUUUUUUUCCAUUAACAUGGUUUUGCCAUGGACAGGAAAAAACAAAAACGCAAAACAGUUUAUUUGAACUGCUUUAAUUAUGAACUCCCUGACCCUUUCUUUUCGUGUUUAGCAUGACAUUAAGGAGAGUCUGCAGGAACUCCAGUCUUACUUUUCCCACCUCAUCACCUGCUCCAACUUGUGUAUUUUGCUAGUGCCACUUAGUUUUGAAACUAAGCAGAUCAGUGAUUACAUGCAGCUGCAAGCUGGCAUGAAUAAUGCUUUCAGCUUUUCAGCUGAGUAUUGUCCGAGCUUUGCUCACCAUCCUAAGGCCUUGUGUCAUACAUUGUGUAGGUUAGCCUCUGAGUACUAUAAGACAUGUGCUUUAAAAUAUUUUUACUAUGUUAUAAAGAGAAUGAUUUAAUGAGGGAAGACCAAAUUGCACAGGAAGAGGUGUUUUUUUUUGUUGUUUUUUUUUGUUUGUUUUUUUUUAUCUCUUUCUUGGCUCUGAGAACCAUCUACACUAAGUUACUAAAUUAGUAUUCAUUUAGGUAUGACAGUAACUGUAUAGUAACUGAAAUCUUAGAUUUUUUUUUCAAAGCAUAACUUUGCUGCAAGCAACAGUCUAGAUUUAGUUGAACUCAUACUGUGACAAACUGAGAAUGGAGAAAACACAUUUCUUAUCCAUAAAAGGACAGAUCACUCAUCCAGAGGGUAGCUCUGAUUUUGCUGCAGUUCUAAACUAUGAAGUGGGGACUCACUGUUGCUCUGUUGCUGAAAGAAGUUUUGCUGAUAGAGGAUUUUCCAGUAAAACUUUUUUUUUUUUUUUUUUUUGCCUUCUUAGACAGAAAAUGGUGAUUUGUUGAAGUGCAAUAUUUUCUGUUUAAGAAGUCUGAUUUCUCUGCAAUUUCAUUUGGGAAAAUACAAAGUACCCAAAAUGUUGCCAGCAGGCCAACAGAGGUGAACCUUCACCUCAACUCAGUACCAGUACUGAGGUCACAUCUGGAGUGGUGUCCAGUUCUGGGCUCCCCAGUACAAGAGACAUGGAUAUACUGGAACAAGUCCACAAAGAUGAUUAAGGGAGGAGAGGCUGGCUGAGAGAUCUGGGACUGUUCAGCCAGUAGGAGAAAAGCUCAGAGGAAUCUAACCAAAGAGUAGAAAUACCAGAUAGGUUGGAGUAGAGAAGAUGGAGCCAGACUCCAUUACGGGCGUUCCAUGAAAGGACAAGAGGCAAUGGGCACAAACUGAAGUAUAUGAAAUAUUACUGAAACAUAAGACGCUUUUUGUUUUGUUUUGUUUUGUUUUACUGUGAGGAUGAUCAAACACUGGAACAAGUUGCCUAGAGGGGUUUUGGAAUGUUCAUCCAUAGAGAUAUUCAAAAAAUGACUGGACAUAGCCCCAUGCAAGCUACUUUAGCUGACCCUGCUUUGAGCAAGAGGAUAGAACUAGAUGAUCUCCUGCAGAUCCUUACAGCUCCAGCUGUUCCACAGUUUUAUAACUCUGUGCCUUUAUUCCAGAGUACUAGCAGCUUGACUCAUGAUGGACUUGUUUGCAGAGUAGGAGAACCAAGUUCAAGACUGUUUUGAGUCACAUGAUACCAUCCAGGGCUUUCCACAUGAUCUUACAGGUGAACAAGGUGAUGUCCAUCUUGUUUUAUGUGAUAUUUCUUUCUUAUCUUCGUGGCAUCCAGUCUACCAACAUGGAUCAAAGGAGUUUGCCAGAAGAUUCAAUAAAUUCUCUCAUUAUAAAACUCAUUCAGGCAGACAUUUUGAAAAACAAGCUUUCUAAGCAGAUAGUAGAUAUAAAGGAAAACUAUCAAAACACGGUGAAGAAAGUAGAGGCUCAGCAGGACGUGGAUGGAGAUGAAAAUGUGAAAUCUGAUUUCCAGCCAGUUAUCUCAAUGGAUACAGAUCUCCUAAGGCAGCAGAGACGCUACAACUCUCCCCGAGUCCUCUUGAGUGACAACACACCGCUGGAACCACCACCGCUGUACCUCAUGGAGGAUUAUAUUGGAAAUUCAGUGGUGGUGAACAGAACCUCUCGGAGGAAAAGAUAUGCGGAGCACAAGAGCCACCGAGGGGAAUAUUCCGUUUGUGACAGUGAAAGCUUAUGGGUCACGGACAAAUCAUCUGCUAUCGACAUUAGAGGACACCAGGUAACUGUGCUGGGAGAAAUUAAAACAGGCAACUCUCCAGUUAAACAAUACUUUUAUGAAACAAGGUGUAAAGAAGCCAAGCCUGUUAAAAAUGGCUGCCGAGGCAUUGAUGACAAGCACUGGAACUCCCAAUGCAAGACAUCCCAAACAUAUGUUAGGGCACUGACUUCAGAAAACAAUAAACUUGUAGGCUGGAGGUGGAUAAGAAUAGACACCUCUUGUGUGUGCGCCUUGUCAAGAAAAAUAGGAAGAACAUAAAUCUGCAUCUCUUUGAUAUAUAAAUUAUUACUUUAAAUUAUAUGAUAUGCAUGUAGCAUAUAAAUGUUUAUAUUGUUUUAUAUAUUAUAAGUUGACUUUAUUUAUUAAACUUCAGCAAAUCUACAGUAUAUAAGCUUUCUCUCCCAAUAAACAAGAGUAAAGGGUGUGUGCCUCUGCUGUGGGCAACUCUGGAUUUUUUUAGACUAUGUUUGUGACACUGCUUGUUGGCAGCAUACCAUAACCUGACUGUAAAUUCUGUGUAAAAUCAGUAUUCUUCAUUCAGUAUUGUCAAGCCAGUGACUGUCAUUUAGUAAACUUGUUAAAAAUCAGAUCAAUGUCAAGAGUUGUGUACAUAUUUACAUCCCUUGCUCUAUACAUUCACAUUUAAUUGGAUGCAGUGUUGACUCCUCACUGCCAAAAUGAAAACCAAAAUAUGUGUUGUAGCCUGCAGCUGAUGUCAAUGUCAAAGGCAUCAAGUAGCUGUAAAAUACAAUUUCUGUGUGUCAUGCCAGUUUUGCCAAUGAAAUGACCAUUUUCCCUCCGUUAGCAUUUCAGAAUAAAUGCUAACAGUCCAGCAACUGUUGUCUACAUUUUUGAAGCACAUUUGUUUUGCAACUGUUUCUAAUGCUGCCAGUUAAUACUAGAAACAACAUUAAAAAAAAAAUCUAAAAAAUAUUUGUAACUAAGUUACUGAAGCCAAGAACCAAUCUAAAUUUAUCAUUAAUGUAAUACAUAAAAUAUGAUUUCUUCAGAAUAUAGUUUUUAUUGUGAUUGACCUCUUCCUCCUCACACUAAUCUAUUAGUUUUAGCUUGAAUUGCUACAUCAUUUCUGUUUGAAUUUUUUAAUUAGAAAAAAAGCUGCUGCUGUCUUAACAUUAAAAGAGCCCUUGGCUAAAGAAUUUUAGCAAAGAUAUGAUAUCCUGGAAUGGAUAUCAAAGCCACACACCCAUACAAAGCUGUUUGUCUACUUGACAACUCAUUGCCCAUUUUUAAUGGAGGGAAAAUAUGUGUAGAACUGCUCAGCAAACCUGGUACCUUUCUACCUUUCAUAGGGACUUUUUUUUGUGUGUGUGUGUGUGUGUGUGUGUGUUACCUUUCAUAGGGACUUGUGCAUGUGUGUGUGUGUGUGUGUGUGUGUGUGUGUGUGAUUCAAAUUCAGGUAGUCCAUACUUACAAUGAAGUUCUUCUGUCCCACUGGUGCCACUGGUGUGAGCUGUUACUUAGCACAGACAGAUAUACUUGCAUAUACCUCAAACUAUUUUUUUGCAUUGUUAUGUAGCUCCACUGGAGACACCAACAAUUACACUGCCGAAAGAGAUGGCCUAUUAUACAUUAUCUGUAUUAUGUCCUGGAUGGUAUCUUAUUCCCACAAAGGUAAAUUAGAGCCUUGUCAUGGAUAUCAACAGAAUUAAGAUUGAACCACAUAUGUUAUCUGUGCCUAAAUAGAUCUUAAUCCAUAAUCAGGGCUGAAAAAUGCCAGCCCUUCAAAAAAACAUCUGUAGUGGUCUUUAGUUCUUGCGUUACAUCUUUCAUUGCUGUAACAUGUUCAGCAUCACAAAUGAAAAUGAGAUCAGGGUACCCAAGAACAUGUCAGUAGAGUGCCUUUAAUCAUACCAUUUUCACUACUGGAGAACCAACUUCAAAUCUGCAGCACGUCAUUAAAGGCAACAAUUUGUGUGAUCUUCCCUAAUCCCUAACAGAGAGCCUUACACAUUAUAGAACCACUGGGAAAGUGGACAGGUUACUCAUGAAGCAAAGCAUGGGAAAAGAUGUGACUCUGAAAACCAGGUUGGAACGUGUAGGUACAAUUUUGUAGUGGAGGCCAUAAAAAAAGUUUUUAUGAGAACCCUCUCAAUUUUCAACAUGCAGUUAGGGUUUUUACCUCACAUGAAAUCAUCUUGCUGGACUAAAAUCUAGCUUUGGUUUUAGCAAUAAUAGCUUCAGAGGUUUGCUACCAAGGCAAUCAUUAAAAGGCAGGAGGUGAUGCAAUGUAACAAGCAGCUCACUAUCUAAUAAAUCUGACUAGAUUUUUUUUCCUAAAUUCUUCCUUGGAAAACAAAUAAACAAACAAAAAAUCCUCAACAGAACUUUUCUUAUUUUUUACCAGUAGACAUGUUUAAGUUUCAACAGGAGAAAAAACAAACAAACAAAUAAACAACAAAAAAAAAAAAACUUACCCAUUCAUUUUGCUUCUUCUGGGGAAAAACAUAUUUUUAAGAGGCCUGUUCUACUGAUUUUUUUUCCAAGUUAUAAACCUAAUUUUACAUCCUGAAUUCCCAAAUAAAUAUUUUCAGGUGUUGCAAGAAGUAAUUGAGAGCAGAUAUUGUCAUGGAUCAUUAACUUAAGAUUCUUCUGUGUGGCAAGUAGGUCUGUGUCCAUAUGAGAAGAGGAGGUAAGAACACUAAGUGAGCUUGGUUAGACAGUGUUGCUUCCAAACCAUGAAUUAGCGACUUCAUUGACUUCAUUGUUCCUACAUGGUGGGCGAUGCACUUGCUUACAUCACUGUAAAUCCAGAGAAAGUAUAUUGAAUAUAGGUGAGAAAAUGUAUUAUUAUAGCAACAUAAGUAACAUCAGAAUCAAUCCUAAUGUUGUUCUUUCUGCUCACUGAAAAUCAAGGGAUGUUCAUUCUGUUAGGUUCAAAGAAAAUUUAUAGAUCCGGUAGCAGGAACUGGUCUUUGAUUCUUAACUUUACCAAUGCAUCAAGUGUUUUACAAUUGGCCAACAAAAAACUCUUCAGAUUAAAUUUAUCACCGAUCAUCUGAAACAUAUUAAAUGAGAAAGAAACACGGUGCAUAAGGUUAUUAGAUUGGCUGUCUCUUUCCCACCUCAGUAUAACAAUGAACAGAAGUAUUACUCUUUGGAUCUGAUCCAACUUCUACUAAAGUCAAUGAAAAAAAUCUCACUGACUACAGGGGAAGCAGUAUCAGGCCAUGAGUGAAGAAAACCUGCAGAUCUCAACCAGAGAGCAGAGCAAUCACACACAUCAGUCAAAUGUUCUUGUAAAUCCUCUGUACACAUAAGAUGCUGUAUAAUUUUGUAACAAGUUUGUAAACAAAGCCUGUAAUAAAUUUGUUAAGGCCUAA